UGUGUUGCCACCUCUAUUCACGAUAUUAGCCGGUUCUUGAUUCCAAGUUGGAGCGCUAGUGUUUGAAUGGGACGCACAAUUGUUUCGCCUUUGCGCCAAGCCCAUGCGCAAGUAUUACGCCUUGGGCCUGAGCGCAAAAGCAGGCAGGAGAUGCGGUUUUUAAUGGGCCCGGUAGCACCGGUGCUUAACGACCGGUCUUCUAUUAGCCAUUGAAGUAAUCUUAGAACGAGUCUCCACCUCUUUCAGAUUGGCACGACACAAGAAGUCGGCAUUUUUCGGACUUGACACUAACGGUGAACGAGGCCCGAUGUGUCCCUUCCAAGCGCUGGAAAUGUGACAUAUUCAACAUUCGCACACUCUCUCUCUCAAAUAAGUACAAACACAUAUCCGCUUAUCCACCAACCGACCUGUCCUGGGCUUGACCAAUUUCUUCCUUGUAGUGAUCAUAAUGGCACAUAUAUAUAUAGCCAAUCAUUCCCAAUCCUCAUCAGUUCCUUUCUCACAUCAGUUCAAUAUGGAUCCUCCUCUCAAGUCAUUAGUCAAUACUUUGGUGUUCUGUUUGAUCUUGGGGUUCUCUUUGUCAGAGUCGGACUCAAAUGCGUCCAACCUUCACGCCACUCAAUCAUUAGUGCAAGCAUACACAUAUCCGGAGAAUCACAACCAUCACUUGGUCAAAAGGACCUAUGACUUUGCAGCCUUCAAUUUCACAGCUUACUUUGAUCGACUCUUUGGACCAGACACGUUCGUAAAUCAGCUGGGAAUUGCCACUAUUCUUCUCAUUCUCCGGGGAGGAGUCUUCAUUGUUGCUGGUGCCAUAUAUUGCUUUUUGUUGGCCACAACCACGGGUGAGGCGAAAAAGGCCGUGCAGAGUCUGGACUACCUUCUCGGCCUUGACGUGCUGGCCGACGGUUUUGGUCGAAAUGUCCGAAUUUGGAUAUUCGUGUUGGGUGGGCGUCUCAUCUUCGAUCUGAUCUUCUAUGGACCUCAACGUACCUUCCAAGGCCUAACCAAGAAGACCUUUCGCGAAAUCAUCACCUUCCCAUUCCAAAAUGCCACCACCCGUCUAUUCUUGGGCCGAUGGAUCCUGGAGGGCAUCGCUCUAGUCGUAGGAUUCAUAGGCAUGGCCGCCAUCGGUCAGCUUCCUUUUUUCGAUAACCCCCCCACUUCACGAUCUUGGCGGGAAAAGCGCGGGGCUUUUGAAAAUACAGCUGACGUGUCAAAGAAAAUCAAAGGGGAUUUUGUCGCUCUCUUAGACGGGUUGGACGCACGCGUUGUGACAAGUUGGCUGACGAGUGAAUUGUCUCAGCAAUAGGCAUUUUAGAAUUUACUAGGAUCUUAGAAAACUAGCCAUUGAAUGAAACGCAUGGAUUGUAUCAAUCAAUAUACUAUAACCUUUAUUCAUCCACACUCUGUGGUUCAUGUAAAAAUUGGCAUACUCCCCUCAAAUAUGGCCAAGUUACAGAAUACAUGGAGUUAGGGCAUGUUAUUUAUGCAACAUAAAAUCAAAACAUAUUUUCUCGAGCGCAAUAGAUCAUUGAAAUAAACAGCUGUUUGCACAAUGAUUGGAAUUCAUUUGAAU